CCAAAACCUCCAAAACAUAACGGAUAAUGUUAAUUAUAUCACGAAGGAAGUAUAUUAUUGAAAAAUGUUUUUGACUUUUAUAGUUAAAAUAUAUGUAUAUACUUUUAAGUUAACUUUUAUUAUUAUAUGAAUGCCUUUAACAACAGCACCAAAUUUAUUUUUGUUAUAUGGUAUCAUUUUUGACAAACAAUCCGUUAGUCCGAUUUGAUUUCGGACUUCACUCGCUCUGUCUUGUCUAUGUCCUCAGUUGAAGUUUGGGCGGUUGACGGGGAGGUUGUACGAGUUUGAGUUUUGAUUUGGAUUUUGUUUCGUAGUCUAAUUUCGUUUAUUUUCCUGGUUAUCAAAUAAAAUAGUUAGAACUUAUAUUUACUUAGACGCUACUAGUAAAUACAUAUUUUUGUGAGUGCUGUAAACGUAGUAACUUGACGGCAAAAUGCAAGAAACCGUUACAACCUCGACGGAGCGUAAAUCUUUGUUGUCUUCGUUCCUGGACGUCCUGGAGGCGCAAGGCAAAGCAGCCCAGGCGGAGCGGCAGCUCCAGGAGGAGCGCUACAGGCGCCGUACGCAAAGGAUCUACGAAUACCACGACCGACAACGGCGCGAGGUAGUGGAGCUGCGCCGCUGCCUAGACUAUGUGUCACAGCACGCCCAUGUCCUGGAAACAGUGCUACGCGGAGCUGGUACUGCUGGCAGUGAUGAGGUCCCAUUGAGUGCUCACUUGGUCAAGCAAGCGGCAGGGCUCCAGCGCUGUAUGGCGCAAUGUGUGGCCAACGCGGCCACUAUACGCUCCGCCCUUGCUUCCACCCACCAGCCUGUCAUGGAUGCCUUGCUCGCUAAAAUGGAAGGAGAGUUGCGGUCGUGGACUGCGUUCCUGCACCGAGCGGUCGACGCCACCUACAACUCUGAGAUCGUCAUAGACAACCUGCACAAUAUGAUCGCGGAGCAGCGUCGCUACGUGCGCGAUGUAACAUCAAGCAGCGUGUUCACGGCGCUAUGCGCGGAGGCGGACGCAGAAGCGAGUGCAAGCGAGACCGCGAGCGCGGGCGCCGGGGCGGAAGUGGAAACAGAAGCUGAAGCGGACCGCACGCCGCGCUCGCCCCUCGAGCGCCGCCCGCCUUCCUCAUGCAGCACGCCUUUGCACAACUAACGAGUAACAUGCUGCAUACUAUCAUAUUCCACUGUUCCCGUGCCGGCAUCAAAAAUGAUGCAUUUUAACUUCGCGGUCACAAAACACCACGCUGCAUCGUCGAAUCCUCCGUCAAAAACAAUUGAAUUCUUGUGGCCUUCGGGUAUCGCCACACAAUGCGGCGCACGCUACGCACGAAUGCGAGAAGCGUGGACAAAUCCAUAAAAAUUGUCUAUAUUUGAGUGUAUCGUGCGCUGCUAUGGAAGUGUUAAUCUUAAUUUUCGUGCGGACGAGUUACCGAAAAAACAUUUCCGCCUGUUCUCCGCGUAUAGCGGUGAUGGGAUGUAUCUGCUCAAAGCUACAGUAUUGCUAGCCUUGGCGUCUAAAUUAUAUUUUUAUGAUUUUGUAAUCGCCUGUCUGUGCUAUAUAUAGCCGGACGUGGCUCCAGUACAAACCGCACUGCCUUAGCGUGUGUUCAUCGCCGAAUGUUCGUGUUCGUUCGUUGUUCAGAUCUUAUAGAUGUCGUGUUAUAGAAAUAUUGAAUGUUUAGAAGCUUUAUCGUUCAUGCUCGGAGCGCUUGUCGCCAAGCGCGCAGCGACUUUGGGCUUAGUUUCACAGAACUAAAAUGAUGUACUAAAUUCUGUAUUGAUAACGAUGUUUUCGUUUCCUCUUGAUAUACGUGACGUCAUUUCGUCAGUCAUGAUACAAAGUUGCAAACGUAUGUUUUUGGCGCCUGUAGAACUAUGCCCUUUACCCAAAUACGUAAUGGAAUGUAUAUCCGGCUCGAAGGACCAAGUUCUAACUAAAAUAGAAAGUGUUCGUUUCGUUACGGAAGUGAAAAUAGGUUUGAUAUAUCGGUAUAGUUUUGUCUAAGCAGCUUGAAAUCACUGCGUGCUUGGCAUCGUAGGCGCUCAGCAGCGCAUCCAUCAUGAAUUGAAGAAAUCAAACAAUUUUUAAUGUAUGAAAUUUUGAGAAUUGUAAUGUUAUAUAUACGUAAUUUUAAUGUUAUGCUUGUUCCCUAUGAAAUUUCUGAGUUAUUCUAUUGAAAUGUAUGCAUCAACUAUUCAACUUCUUUGUAAGACACGUUUUUGAUACUUUUACAAUAAUCUCGAGCCGGUCGAUCUGAUCGGCAGUGUUUUGUUUGCCUUUUUUUUGCACGGUUUUGUGUCAAUAGGUAACCUUUUGACCGCCACGGCUGGCCAAACAAAGCAUUCUUUUGCAAAUGGUAUGAAAAAAGUAGACGGGGCGUUUAGAAGGUUAUGUUAAAUAGAUAUGUUAUAUGAUAUGAAUAUAUAUAAGCAGUAUUAUUUAUAAAGAUAAAUUUGAUAUAGCUAGAUUUAAUCACUUUAUGUACCAGGGCCAACACGUCUAUUGUGACCAUUUCUGCUUGACAUAAAUAUCAAGUUUGUAUAGCACCAUAGGUAUAUAUUUGUUAUGUAAUAGUAUUGUAUACUUAACAAGUGUUGCCAAAUUUUCCUUAGAUCGGGCAGUGCCCGCGUUCUACCUCCGUCUUUUUUCUUGCAUUUACUUUUGUACUCUUCAGUUUAUCACCCGAUCAGUUCUCGAGAGUUCGAAACCAACCAAUGACUUGCUGAUUGGGUUACUAACAUAGAAAAUAAUAGUACCUAACCUAUUUUUCUAUUCAACUAUUGUGAAGUUUUUAGUAAAAUGGCCGCCACGACUAAGGGGAUGUGAUGCGGUAAGCACUUUUGUAAUGUCGACUAAUUUUCAUAUUUUAACAGAGUUAUCUUAAAGCAAAGAAUUAUUAAUUAUAUGUAUAUUAGAUGUGAAAAGUCGACAAUUCUAAGGGCUUAUUUACACAGUGCGAGAACUCGCAUGCGAGUUUCAUUACAGUGUGGUUUUUGAUCGGUCGGCCGAAUCGGGUGUAACCUCAAUGUAACUAAAAUCGCAUGCGAAUUCGCGUGCCGUCUAAAUCGGCCCUAAUGUUGAUAGCGCUGUUCGGCUCAUUAUUACAUAUGCAGUAACUCUGGUGAUCGAAACAACUUUCGAUUCUACCAAACGUCAACACGUUUGGCAGUCCAGUGGACUAGCCAACUGAAAACUGUUUAUAAGAAUUCCCAAUCGAAAUUAAAAAAUCCUAGAUAUAAUCACGCUAUUUUUCGUUCGCCUCUGCCAUCGAUUAUCAUCUUGACUUCGGCUCCAAUUACCACAAAAUAUUAUGCCGAAUCUUUUUGAGCUGUCAAACAGGAUUUUCCUUAGACUUACAUAUCUUAAUACAAUCAACAACCCGCCGCUUGAAGGUCCCUUUUGCCGUGGACUUGUCUAAGGCGUUUGCCACCGCCUGUGAUAAUUCAACGAAGCAUAUAGCAGCCGUUAAUUAUAUUUAUGUAUAUUCUAUGUUUUCCGGGACCUAUCGAACUUCUUGUUAUAAACGGAGCGGCUUGUCAGAGUACAGGUUAAAAAUUCAAUUUUAUGUGAAAUAGAUCAGAAACGAGCGCGUUUGACAAAACGCUCCUUAGUUGUUAGUUUAUAUUAAACUGUGUUCAUUGCUCGAAAAGUCUUGUCAUACCACGUUUAUAAAUCAAAGAUAUACUUUUCUGAACUGUUACAAAUGUUAAACACUUUCUGGUUUAAAAUGGUAGUAAUUUGGUAUAAAAUUUAAAGACUUUUGGAGUUCGUACGAGCGGCCGCGUCGCGCGGAAAGGUCGUCAGAUUUCUGUUUGUUUAGCUGAAGAAUUGCGCGGUUGUAUCUCGUCUGUAGUGGUCUGUUAGACCAGCUGUUCAAUAUUUGAACUUUCAAGGGUACAUACUUUCUCUCAGUAUAAUUGAUUGGAUUUCAGCUUGAUGGAGGGAGAUAGUAUUAACCCUUUUCCAGGCAUAGUACGAUUUAUCGACCACAUACGCGCCAUUAGAAUUUCAACUUUAGCAUUCGGAUUUAAGGUUCAAAUUAGAUUACACUUUCAGGAAAUGUUACUUGUCUUCAAACGAAUCAUCAAAGCUGGAUUAAUUGGAAUAUAUUUGGAUUUUUUGAGAAAACCUAGAUUGGUGCGGUCCGGAAAAGGGUUAAACAAACAAAAGAAAGCCCAUGCUUAAUUCUGUUUCUGACAACUUUUUACUAGUUGACUGCAUAUGUCUUGAUACCCUUGACUGUAGUCUAAAUCUAGGUACAUAUUAUAAAGUGUUUAAAACGCGUGCCGCUCGUUGUAACUUUACGCAUUUAUUGUUGUAUAACAUAAUAACUGCCUUUUUAUUAUAUCUUAUUCUAAAUAUUGUUGUUAGUGUAUCGAGAGAACUAGCGUACCUAUGACGUAGCAUGCUGAAUGUAAUGUUAUGCCCACACCUGCGUUUUAUAAAAUCAAACGUCGGUGUGGACUCAGCAUAUGGAAAGCUUCAUAUAUAUACUGCCUUAUUCGUGUAAGAUCUGUCUUCGCAAUAUGAAAUAAAAUAUAUUAAGUUAACUUUGA